AUGGACUCAAUGCCGUUCAAGCGACUUUCUCGGGGAUGCACCAAUGUCUAUGGCUCUCGGUUCGCAUCCGAACAUAUGCCUGCCGAUGAACUUCCCUACGAUGAAAUGCCCAAAGAGACUGCCUAUCGUAUGAUCAAGGAUGAUCUGGUUCUUGAUGGAAAUCCUAUGUUAAAUCUCGCGAGCUUUGUCACAACGUAUAUGGAAGACGAAGCCGAGAAGCUGAUGCUCGAAUCCUCGAACAAAAAUGUCAUUGAUCAUGAAGAGUACCCCAAAUCCGUCGAAAUCGAACAACGCUGUCUGAAAAUGCUCGCCAACCUGUUUCAUUCCCCGAAACAAGAUGGCGAGUCCACGGCAAUUGGUACCGCGUGUAUCGGCUCAUCCGAAGCGAUCAUGCUAGCCACCCUCGCCAUGAAGAAACGGUGGAAAAACCAACGGGAAGCAGAAGGGAAAGCUACCUCUAAGCCCAAUAUUAUCAUGAGCACGGGGGUGCAAGUCUGCUGGGAGAAGGCAGCACGAUAUUUCGAGAUCGAUGAGAAACUGGUCCCAUGCACAGAGACGAGAUACGUGAUCGAUCCAGCCCAGGCGGUCGAGCUGGUGGAUGAGAAUACCAUUGGUAUCUGCGCUAUUCUGGGAACGACGUACACGGGGCAGUAUGAAGAUGUCAAAGGUAUCAAUGACGCCCUGGUUGCGAAGGGACUCAGCAUCCCGAUUCAUGUGGAUGCUGCCAGUGGUGGGUUUGUCGCUCCGUUUGUGAACCCAGAUCUGGUGUGGGACUUCCAACUGCCCAACGUCGUGUCCAUCAAUGUUUCCGGCCAUAAAUAUGGACUGGUGUAUCCCGGUAUCGGAUGGGCUCUCUGGCGAUCACCCGAAUACCUUCCGAAGGAACUCAUCUUCAAUAUCAACUAUCUUGGAGCGGAUCAGCUGAAUUUCACACUGAACUUCUCCAAGCCCGCCUCGCACAUCAUUGCCCAGUAUUACCAGAUGAUCCGUCUCGGUCGACGUGGAUACCAGGCCAUCAUGACCAACCUCACCAACACAGCCGAUUAUUUUACCGAGCAGCUCAAAAGGAUGGGCUUCACGAUCAUGAGCGAUGGCGCUGGAAAUGGUUUACCCGUCGUCGCAUUCCGUCUCGGUUCUACUCAAAAUAUCCUCUUCGAUGAGUUUUCUCUGGCGCAUAAGCUCCGGGAACGGGGCUGGAUUGUUCCUGCUUACACCAUGGCGGCAGAUUGUGAGAAAAUGAGCAUGAUGCGAGUUGUGUUGCGGGAAGACUUUACGCAGAGUCGAUGUGAUAGUCUUGUUCAUGAUAUCCAGGCUGCAUUGAAAGCGUUGGUGGAUCAGGAGGUCCGUAGUAUUCAGCGGUAUCAGGCGUUUCUUCCAACCCAAAGUAAUGCCAGGAAACAGUGUGUGGAAAGCACCUGUGUGGAGGUUGACUUGGAACUAGAGAUGUUGAAGGUUUAA